AUGUCGUCUUCUUCGCAGGUCACCGAGUCGUGGAUCGCAUCCUUUUGCGGGCUGCUGGGUCACGAAUACUUUGCAGAGGUCUCGGAAGACUUCAUCGAGGAUGACUUUAAUCUGACGGGCCUCCAAUCACAAGUGCCCAUGUAUAAGGAGGCACUGGAGAUGAUCCUAGAUGUCGAGCCUGAGGACGACGAGGAUGAGGACGAAGAGGAGGAGGAAGAAGACGAAGAAGACGAGGUACUGGGCGACGAGAGGCCUCCAGGUUACCGGCGCGCAGGCGACCGAAGGCAUCUCCGAAUAGCAUCUGACCUCAGCGUCAUAGAAAGCUCUGCGGAGCUGCUCUACGGACUCAUACAUCAACGCUACAUCACGUCGCGACCGGGCAUACAACAGAUGGCCGAGAAGUACGAGCUUCAACACUUUGGCACAUGCCCACGCGUAAACUGCAACUCCUGCAAGGUACUGCCUGUCGGCCUCAAUGACAGCCCUGGCCACGAAACGGUCAAGCUAUACUGCCCCUCCUGCUUGGACGUAUACACCCCACCCAACUCGCGCUUCCAGACUGUCGAUGGCGCCUUCUUCGGCACCACCUUCCCUUCACUUUUCUUUAUGACUUUUACCGACCUCGACAUUGGAGGCGGGCUUCGCAACAACACGUCCAAUACUAUUGACGCCCUACAGCAAUUGCAAUCGCAAAGCGCAGACGGCAAGUCACGAAACACGACGCCUUCGAACGUCACUUCGAUAAACGGCGUCGCGCCGCACAACCUCGCACCCGGUCUUGGCACGGGCAGCAUAUACGAGCCACGAAUCUACGGCUUCCGAGUCAGUGAGCGCGCACGCUCAGGACCUAGGAUGAAGUGGUUACGGAUGCGACCUGCAGAUGUGACAGAGCUCGAUGAGACGAGGAGGUACUGGGAGGAACAUGACGAAGAUGCCGACAGGCCGGACGACGACGAUCUCAACAUGGUUGACGUAGCAGAGGGAGGCAAGGGCACACCGGCAGACCGAAGAAAGAAGGCCAUUCGAACACGAAGACGGCCGACGAAUGGCUCAAAUGCUGCUGCUGGAGGCAGUCCCAUGGAUACAAAUGGAGUUGCAGCGGCGGCGGGUUAG